AUGGGACCAAGUGGCACAGCCGCAGUGUCCUUGUGGGUCUUGGUGACCGUGAGCAUGGCGGUGGACACCGGCUUGGCUGAACCCAGGCGCUGCCUCCUCUCGCACUACCGCUGGCUGGAGCCCAGGGCGCUGGCCGCCGUCAGGGAGCUGAGGGACCACUACGUGAGUGAUGCCCAGGCCCCAGGCCCCAGGGGACGCUGGGCCUCUGGGUACAAGAUGCUGGCCCUGUCCCAGGGGCCCUGGCAUCCCAGCGGCCAGCACCCCAUCUCGGACCUCAGGGUCCCGAUUUCUGACCACAAGACCUUCCCAGCCGCCAGCAUCAAAAACGCAGAAACUGCCUACCUGCCGUCGUGCGCGCGCCUCCGCCUGGUGGCCCGGGGCCUCUCCGACGCCCAGGACGUGCUGAGCAGCCUGCCCCGCCCUGAUUUGUUCCCCGGCGUCGCCCAGACCCUGGAGCUGCUGGUGGCCGCGAGGAGGGACGUGGCGGCAUGUCUCCAGCUGGUGCGGCCAGGAUCCUCGAGGAAGCCCCUCCGGCCACGCAGGAGGCGUCCCCAAACCCGGAGAGCUAGCUCUCCUCAGUGCCACCAAGCCAACGUCAUCUUCAACCUCCUGCGCCUGCUCACAUGGGACCUGAAGCUGGUGGCUCACUCCGGACCUUGUCUCUGA